AUGGAGACUGCUAGCCGUGGCAUUCCUGACCAGGAAAUGUUCCUGAGCAGGCCUGCCCCAGAAGAUGGAGGCGACAGCCCGACCGUCGAGCCUCUGCGCAUCUUCAAGCCCACCAGUCCUCAACCAAACUCGCGCACUUCGUCCACCUCAAACAGCAAGCCUGCCUUUCCUCUCCCGCCAGGCGCAUCUAGCUCCGCCGCACCUUUACCAUUCCCGGACGACGACGAUGUCCACAGACCGACUCCUGCAAAGCCCUACGGAGCUGCUUAUAACGAUACCGCGCCUCGUCUAGAUACUAGUCCAACCGAUAGACGGCCUGGUCUCGCCGAACGCCGUGGCGCUGCUCCCAAGGUGAUUCAUUCGCCUUCCAGUCCUGACUCUGACCAAGGCCUGUUCGCUCGGCCACUCAAGGAGCAAGCUCGCCCAGCAGCACAGCCCUCAGUUUAUUCCAACUACCAGAACAAGACUUACUAUCCACCACCUGGAGCUGCUGCCUCAUCGUCUUCUGCCUCUUCCAGCUCAUUGCCGCAGCCCGCAGCUGUCAAUCAUCUGAGACAGUCUGAUCCCGCCGUCAAUCGAUUUCCGUCGACGGCCUCGAACUCGACCACGAAAGCCACUCGGGGCUCUCCUCCACCCCCCGAGACCCCAAUUGUCGAACCCGGCGUCAUCCCCGGCGGAGCUAGCCAAGCGCAGAGCGCUGCAGCUGCCCAGAGACUCGCGCAAUAUGGCAACCAGGCGCCUCAACCCCAGCGGCCAUGGACACCGACAGAGACACCCGACCAGGCCCCUUCUGGUCCUCCCACAGUCUACCAAGGGUCAAAUGUCAUAUCGAGCCCUCAGCCUCAGAGAACCCAGACCGCACCUCCCCCGCAACCUACUCCGGCUCAGGGCAACCAGAGCGAUCAACAAGUCCAAGUUAGCGUUUUGGAGCAGGAUUUUCAACGCCUCGGCACCAGCUCGCCACCACCGGCAUACUCAAGCGUCAACCCGGGGGGAAACUCGCAAUACCCAAAUGAAAAGCGCCGACCGCAACAAAAUGGUCCCGCUCGCCCAGCAACAGCUGCCCCGCAGCUAUCACAGACGAAUGGCGCAGCUUCGAGUCAAAAACCGGCUGCUUCGAGCUCAGCCGCCGCUGCCUCUGCCGCUGCCGGUCCUGCCAAUGGCGCACCGAUGCUCUCUCCAGCUCUGCAGCACCCAGGCCAUCCUGCUUUUGCGAACGAUCCUCGGCCGGAGCAGAACGGUGUGCCUCCGCAGAAUGGUCCCGCGCCCGAUACCCAGACGAUAGGCCCUGGACCAGCUUCACCACCGCCACUCCCAGAAGGAUGGAUUGCCCACCUCGAUCAAAACUCUGGUCAAUACUAUUAUAUCCAUGUUGCAAGUCAGGCUACGCAAUGGGAGUUUCCCAAGGGUCCAAACCCUAUCCAGUCCGAACCAACGCCUCUAUCCCCAACCGCUUCAACAUACGGAAAUCCGCUCAUGUCGCCUGUAUUCGGCAAACAAAGCCUAGCCUCGCCGAUGUUUCCUCCCCAUACUCCAGGCUAUGCCGAGAGUAUAAUGAGCGUGGCCGUUUCCCAAGCACCCACUGCCGGUUUCACUGGCCCUCCUCCCUCUGCUGGCGUGGACAUGUAUCGAGUUCAGCCGACAAAUGGCGUCUACUUUGGGCCAUACCUGCGCUACGUCAACAUGGACAUCGAAAAGGGCAUCUGGCAUGGCAGCAUACUGAUUGUUACGGAUUCGCCUCAACCACCUACCAUUCACAUCCACCUUAGCGAUGAUUUGUCCCCGAGCCCAAGGCAGUUGGAGCCUCGUGCUAUUUACACUCACCAAAGAUGGAGCUUCUACAAAUACGACAUCGAUCUACAGAUGGGUGAAGGAGGUACUGAAAGAUGGACAUAUGCUGUUACUUCGCAUCUUGGAUGCACUCGGUACGAAUUCGUCGUUGCUGGCCGACAUGAAACAGGUUGGCGAUUUAUUGCCCACUCUGGAAACGACUUUGCUGCCAGUACAUCCCAAAAUGAACGCGCCAAGCUCGGCGGUGUCGGCUUUAUGUGGAAGGACGUCUUGCAGAAGAAUGUCGACUGUGGAGGUUUCCAUGCCCAGCUGGGCCUGGGAGACCAAAUCUACGGAGAUCGACUGUGGAAAGAGGUACCUCUUCUGAGGCAAUGGCUCGCCAUGAGCGGACGCGAUAACAAAAAGAGCACCCAAUGGACGGCGCGUCACGAGGAAGAUGUCUCGCACGCCUACUUUCACUACUAUACCAGCCAUUUUGAUCAACCAUUCUUGCGCGAAGCGUUUGCGCAGAUCCCUCAUGUCCUGCAAAUCGACGAUCACGAUAUAUUUGAUGGAUAUGGAUCAUAUCCCCAGUACAUGCAAUCUUCACCCGUUUUCAAGAACAUUGGUCGCAUUGCCACUGAGAUGUAUCUGCUAUUCCAGCACCAUACAACGGUAGAUAUCAUGAGAAACGUCAGGACGGAUCAUGAUGUUUUUACCAUCACUGGAACUGGUUGGCAUUUUGUCAAAUAUCUCGGCCCUGCCAUGGCCGUGGUCGGAACCGACUGUCGGUCCGAACGAACACAGGCGCGUGUCAUGGCCGGACCUACAUAUCAAGGCAUCUUUCCAAAGGUGGCGACUCUUCCACCCAGCGUUCAGCACGUGGUGUGGAUGGUGUCUGUGCCACUCGUCUUCCCUCGACUGGAAGCUGUUGAAAGUAUUGCCAACACCGUCGCGGCUGGCAAAAAGGCUGUAAACACAACGUACAACAUCCUCGGUAAGGUUACUAGCUCGGUCGCAGGUGUUGUCGGCGGCAAAGAGGUUGUGGCCCAAGGCUUCUCGCAAGUCAAGAAAGCUGUGGGUAAAACUGGACUCAUGGGCAAUGUGCUCAACCAGUUUGGAGAGCUUGACAUCCAAGAGGUACUCAAGGAUAUGUGGACUCACGAUACCAAGGAUCUGGAGCGUACGUACUUUAUUCGUACGCUGCAAGGAAUCGCACAGCAAAAGGGGGUUCGUAUGACAUUCCUUUCUGGGGAUGUCAAUUCAGCUGGCGCUGGCCUCGUCCACGAUCCCACCCAUCCUGGCGACCACAAGACCAUGUACCAGAUUAUCACCUCGCCAAUUGUGGCGGCGCCUCAAGGUGGCUACGUGUUGAAGCUCUUGCAUAACCAAAAGACGCUUUACGUGCCCCAAAACGGCCAAAAGUCUACUCACGAGGUAUCCGACACCAAGGAGGACAUGAUGGAGAUAUUCCACAACGAUGCGAGCGGGAGCGUGCGAGAGCUCAAGAAGCUCAUGGGCCGCAGAAACUAUGCGGCCUUUGUCGCCUACGACCAAGAGGCAGUCCUGGCGCAAAACCAGCCGCCGUUCAGCCCCAACCCCAGCAUCAACAGCUCGCAGCAUGGACUCAGCAAGCUGAGCUUGGCUGUCGACUUUGUCGUGCAGGGAGACGGACCGUACGCAGCCACGACCAAGUACGGACCGGUCAUUAUCCCGCAUCUUGAAUUCGGCAGAUAG